AUGGGUGAUAACCUAGUAUAUGCGAUUCGCGGGAGUACAGGCUUUUCGUUGAGACGAGGUUUAACCAAUUCCACUGCGCUUUUUGAAGACAAGGAAAGCCCCAAACAAAAUCCAUGUGAGCUUUUCGCUUUUAGUAAUGCAGGUCAUUUGUUCGCAUACUGUGAUACUCAAAGAACUCGAGUAAUUGAACCAUCCACGGGGAAAGAAAUUCUUUCACUUGAUCUUAAAAGAACUAAAGCUUUCUCUUUUUCUCCCAAAGAUACUUACUUAUUCACUUAUGAGCAAUAUGCUAUUUACGGAAGAAAAACUCACGAUGAUCAGAAGCCUGAACCUAAUCUCAGGGUCUAUCAUUUGAAGGAGAAGAAGCAUGUAACUACUUUGAUCGCUGCCAAAGAGUCAACUUGGCAACCCCAAUGGUCGGAUGAUGAAUCCAUCUGCAUUCGACAACAAGGAAGCGAACUUUGUAUUUAUAAAAAUGGAAAUUUGAACCGCUAUGAAGACAAACUUGCUGUUCCCAACUUAGGUAACUUCGCUCUUAGCCCAGGAAACGGACCAUUAUAUAUUGCUUGUUACGUGAAUGGACAUGGAGCUAAUCCUGCCCGUGUUCAAGUGAGGAAGGUUGGAACUGACUUCCCCAUCGUAGCCAACAAGACUUUCUUCAAAUCUGAUAAGGCUGAGUUGGUUUGGAAUCAGAAAGGAACUGCCCUUCUCAUCAAGGCGAGUGUAGAUGUAGAUAAGUCUAAUCAGUCUUAUUAUGGAGAACAAAGUGUUUUCAUGAUAAAUGUCGUUACCGACGAAUCUUUCAUUGUGCCUUUGGCAAAGAAGGGUCCAGUGUACUCUGCUGAAUGGAAUCCCAACGGAAAAGACUUUGCUGUUGUUUAUGGUUUCAUGCCAUCAAAGUUGACCGUCUAUAACCAUCGAGGAGAACCUAUUUUCGAUGCUGCUGAAGGUCCCCGAAACGAAGUUCAUUACAAUGCUUUCGGAAACAUCUUGUUGGCUUGUGGUUUCGGUAACUUGGCCAAGGGAAUGAUGGAGUUCUGGGACAUUGAGAAGAAGAAGCUCAUCAAUACAAUCGAUGUGCCUAACACAACUCAAUUCCAAUGGGCUCCAGACGGUCAACAUUUCGUGACUGCUACCACUACUCCAAGACUUAGAAUUGAUAACUGCUACAGACUUUGGCAUUAUUCUGGAAAACUUAUCAGUGAAUUUGAAUACGAAUCACCUAAGGAAGAAUUGUGGCAAGUCAUGUUCAGACCUAUGCUAGGGUAUAACAAAUUCGAAGUCAAAGAACUGACAAAGUUGGAGAAGAUGCAAGCUGGAUUACUUAUCAAAAAGAAAGAUGCUAGCCACCCUCUUAACAAUUUACCAGCAGGAGCUGUUCGUCAGGCGGGAGCCUAUGUCCCUCCUCACCUCCGAGGAAAGCCUAGCGCUGGAGCACCGGACGCGAGCAAAGGCAAAGUAGCAAGUGCUGUGAAACCUAGCAUGAGCGAAACCGAGAGAAAAGUUUUCAACCUGAAUAAGAAACUUCAAGAAAUCGAGAAACUCAAGGAGAAAAUGGCCAAGGGCGAAAAUCUGCAAAAGAACCAGCUUGAUAAGAUCAAUACUGAAAAGCAGAUUGUGGAAGAGUUAAAACUGUUCAAGAUUUCAUAA